ACCUACAUAGCGCGGACAGGGGCUGCUGGAGGCCGUUCUACUGCUCGGUUGAAAAGGCAUUUGAAUACAAAACUUUUGUAAGUGACAUGGAUAAGAAAAGGAAGAUGCAUAGUAAAAGCCACGUGUCUGCUCUUGAGAAGACCUCAAAGAAAAAAUUGAAAAGAAAUAAACUGGAUUUGGAUGUAGAAGACAUUGCUUUAAUACCCACCCAGGAAUACAAAGCCAAGUCCCAUCCUCGCAGUAAAUUACUUCCAUGUGAGGAACCAGAUGUCUCAAGGAUAUUGAAGAUAACUGAGACUGGGCAAGUUGAGGAGCCUGAUGAUUCAUUUGAUCACCCUUUACACAGCACUGCUGUAGACGCUGGUGGGAAUGUGGAAUUGCAGGAAGAGGAGCACGACAUGUCAGCUAGUCAUUCUUCUGAUUCAUCUCCACAAGGGAAAAAUGCAGACACAAGAAAAAAUCAGUGUAGCUUGAAAGUGCCUGAAGAUAACAAAUCAGUGACAGAGGAUUCUGAAGAUGAAUCCCUGAAGGAGAAUAAGAUACAGAAAAAGAUAUCAGGAAACACCAAGACCAAUGUGGAGGAAUCUAAGUUACCAUCUGCAUUAGCAUUGAGUAACAGCUCUUCAGAAAGCAGCAUAUCAAAUAAGGUUACAGAUUUAGUGAAGAGGUUGAAUGCACAAAAGAAGCCCAAGAACAGUGCUAAAUCCCAUGUGAAACCAAAGAAGUCUUCACAAAAGAGUGCAUUAGAUCCUUCUGCUGAUAGUCCAUUUUCUAUGCAGAUUUGGUGCCCGAAAGGGCUGAAAAGAUUUUCCCAAGAUAUUACAGAACUGGAUGUUGUUCUGGUUGAGAGUGAGAAGAUAACUGCAGACUACAAACAAAGGGUGGAGUCUAGGAUUUGCAGGGAAGCUAUUGCGGUCUUCUAUUCUGGCUUCAAGGAGCAACUCACUAAUACUAUAACAGAAGUCCAGGAACUGAAGGAUUUGAAAAGAAGAAAUGCUAAGGUGAUCACAGACAUCAAUAAGAAAAGACGGCGUUUGCUGGAAGUUAGAGAAGAACUAAUUCGGACUGGACCACAACUGAAGCAACUGCAAAGAGAAUAUGCUGAGCUACAAGAGAGAGAAUCUUCUCUCAGGAACGCAACCCAGUUCCUAACUGAUUUAAAGGAGGUGCAGCAACAAUAUAUAAAUUGCAGAGAAGACCACCCACAAGAAAAAGUAGUUUACGGAACUUCCAGCAUUCCUGCUCUUCUGGUGGAAUCUCAACGAAUUUUAAGAGCUGAAAGUCAUUUUCAAAAUAUCAGCACAAGAUUACAAGAGUUUCUGAAUUUGCAGAAAAAGGAGCUGCCAGAGAAAUUGUAAAUGCUUUAUACAAUAUACUUUCUUCUUGCAACUAAGCACAGUUAACAUCAGUUAAGUGUAUUCACAUUCAUAUACAGAUAGCUACUUCUUCUGGUAAGGUGCUAAAUAUACAUGGUUAUGACAUUCCUACUCCAUUUAGAUUUUGGUAUUUUGUGUUUGCACUCUUUAAUUUCUGAUAACAGAAGCAGCAAUUGUUUAAAUACUACCAUAUGCAUUUAAUAAAACAAAGCACUGUGUUUAAAUUGCUUCUAACUUAAAUCUUUCACCUCUAUAAAUAAGUGAUGUGAGCUUUUUGUGAGAAAAGUUGAUAGUAAAUCUUUAGAAACAUAAUUGUGACAGGAACAUGUGGUUUUUCACUUUGAUGUAUAGUAAGUUUGAGGUGAACAUUUUUGUGCUACCUCAAACAUCGCACGUGUGGCAGCCUGGAGUAGAGAUAGUAUGACAAACCAUUAAUAAUCUCUGUGAAUCAGUGAUAAAUCUAGUGCUUUAAAAUUAAUAGGAUUUUAUUAUUGGAUUACCAGAGUAAUCAUUUGGAAAUACCAAAGUGACAAGAGUAGCCAUUUUCUUUAGAAUGAGCAACAACAGGUUUUUCAUGAAAUAUCAGUUGUAAUUCCAACUAAAGUAGCAUAAAGCUAAGCUUGUAACAGGCAACUUACAAAUAGACAUGUCUCAAUUCUUAGUAGUGGCUUCCAUAAAUUAUUGCACCAUUAUGAGUAUUGAAUAAAAUAUUUCUGAAACUAGUAUGUGGAGUUUUAAAAACAGCUUAGUUAUAACAAGUCAUACAGAAGGUGGUGAGCAUAAUGAAAUUCUCAAAAGGUAAAGCCAUACUUCAGAUAUAAAUGGGCCUGCCAAAAGUUUGUAAGUAAGAGAGCCUGCCUGCCCUUUGUAAAGUACAGUACAGACUGUAGGCAAAAUCCUAAACAUUUGGACAUAUGGGAAGAAACAUGUAUUAACCUCAGUAACAUGUAUUAACCAUGUAACAUCCCUCAGUAAGUGAAUUAUAACUGAAUCAUUGUCCAUGAAGUUUCUUGAGUGUGACACUGUCUGCUUAGCAUCUUUUAAAAUUUUGAAUUUAGUGCUCCUGAGAAAUAUCAGCUUGAUAGCCUGUGUUUAGCUUUAGAACAUUGCACAACACAGGUACCACUAGGGUAAACUGAUCUACUUGAGUCUUCCAUGGUGCUUCUUUCCUGUCCAGCAGCAGCUACUUCUAGGGAUGAGAGGAUAGUUCAGUUUCUGUAGCUAUUCAGUCUUUGGCCUCUGCAAAGAGAGGAUGGCUUUUGUGCCAUAUGUACCGCUGCAGGUGGCAAAACCACCAUUGACUAAGCUAGAAUUUAAAGCAAAAAUUAAAAGUUGUAUCCUCUUAAACUAUGUAAGCCCAAUGUACAAAAACACAGCUAAUGGCAAGUUUACUAUGCACCUUCAUAUAAAGAGAGGAUUCUGGCACGGUUCUAUCAGUUUUUUGGCAGUGUAAACAGGACUUCUGACAAACUUUGGCUAAAUCAACUAUAUCUUAAUUAA